GCCGUCGCGUUAAAAGAAAAGAGGAAGAGAUGCCCUCAGCGGGAGAGAAUUUCCAGCCAUGCAGGACGCUCAGAUCAAGAUCGCUCUCCCGCUUUCCUAAGCACAAGAACCAGAGGCUGACGUCUCGCCCAGCAUGAAGAGGUGCAAAUCAGAUGAGCUGCAGCAGUUAGACGGAGACUCUGCUGGGACAGAAGAUGCCCUCCUCCUGCCUACCAUGGACGCCAAGCUUGGGGAUUCGGCUACUGCUCUGGCGGAUUUGGGUGUCUCCAAUCCAAAUCCAGCUCCCCAUCCUGUUACCCGAAGCAAACCUCCUGAUUUAAAGAAGAUACAACAACUGUCAGAGGGUUCUAUGUUUGGCCAUGGACUCAAACAUCUUUUCCAUAGUCGCAGACGAUCCCGAGAACGGGAGCAUCAGAAUUCCCAGGAGUCAUCCCAGCAACACCAUGGCAUGUCUGAUCAUGAUUCCCCUGAUGAAAAAGAACGCUCUCCAGAGAUGCACCGUGUCUCCUAUGCUGUGUCUCUCCAUGACCUCCCAGCUCGACCCACUGCCUUCAACAGGGUGUUACAGCAGAUUCGCUCCCGUCCUUCCAUCAAGAGAGGAACCAGUUUGCACAGUGGCAGUCGCCGAGCCAAGAGUAGCUCUUUAGAACCACAGAAAAGCAGUCCACACCUUGUGCGCAGGGCCCCCCAGGAUAGCAGCCUGACAGCAAUCCUGCAUCAACAUCAAGGCCGGCCAAGAUCUUCAUCUACUACAGACACUGCUAUCCUUAUGGCCGAAAGUGGGAAUGUUUACCUUCUGACAGAAGAGUCAGAAUGCCUCAGUGACAAG